CCUAUCACUUAUCAGCUACAAACAACUAUUAGGCAGCUUAAAAUGAUGUAUCAGGCAUCGGAGUCACGGGAUUUCACUGCAUCUCCCUAGAUACAUAAUACCUUAGGUUAGUACCUGCAUGUGAGCCGACUGAUACAUAUUACAUACAUAAGUUUUAUUACAUUUCCUCGUUGCCGCGUUAUCUUUGACCCCAAGAAACGUGAGAAAUCUAUAUCAAGCAGUCACACCUAUUACACUAAGGGGUGAUUUGCUAGACAAUCGUGGUGGUUUGCCGUUUGCACUUACACACCUGCACAGGUACUCGUUGCAAAGUUAAGCCAACGCAACCAGUAUUACCUCUAGGGGUUUUGGUUCGAACCAAAGAUCAUGGCCGAGAUAUCCAGCAUGGAGAACACCACUCAGUCCCGCUACUGCCCUAUUGUAUUUGUCCUCGGACUCCCGGGCAGCGGCAAGGGUACCCUAUGUAAGCUCGUCGCCGAUCAGUCCGAUAUCUCCGGCCAUCGCUAUUGCCACAUUUCAACGGGAGAUUAUUUACGUGAGCUCUGCAAGUCUGAGGUGUCUGACGACACUCUGAGCUUCGACCUUAACAGAAUUCGCAAGCAUCUACGCGAGAGCAAACUCCUGCCCUCCCACGUACUUGUUCCAGUGCUAGAGCACAAGAUCAGCUCCAUCCCAAAGGAAAGUAACGCUACUACCACCUGGCUGAUCGACGGGUUCCCACGCAACAUGGAGACUGCACUGGUAUUCGAGGAGAAGAUUGGCAAGCCGGUGAAAGUCAUUGUUUUAGAGUGCGCACGAGACGUUGCCCAGCACCGGUUCCUGAGUCGCGGCAGGGAGAGAAGCGACGACGAGAAGCUCUUCACACGGCGGUACGAGGAGUACGUCGAGAACAUGAAAGCAAUCCGCGAGCACUAUGGAAGCGCUCUGGAAUCGAUCUGCGUGGAUGGAACUCGCGAGGAGAGCCUUGCCGAGUUUAUACGUGUGCUACCACAAAACUAGGGGGCUCCCACGAUUUGAAGAUCUUGGGGUUUCACGUCCCCUGUGACACCCUUCAAGCACCAUUGCCGAUAUUUCACAUUCGAGACCCUUUCUGUAUUUAUUCGCAGAGUAACGCCAGACCUGGACUGUCCUCUAAUGUAAAUAAUGGCUUGGUAGCAGACGC